GUUUCCCGCACCGUCAAUCAAAAUAGAAAAAAAUCGACCCGAAUUCACCGAUCAACACUAGCCCGCCUUUGAUAAAAUAAUCAUGUUUGGAGUUUAGUUUAUCAGAUAAUCCUCCCGGUUACUACCACUCACGCUAUGACUGGUACGUAAACAUUUAGCGCAUCGAAGCGUGCAACUAAUCGCGCCAGAGCAGCCUCUGAAACAAGGAGAAAUGGCGUCCGCGGACGUGGACAGCAGUCAAAGCGAGUUUCUGCAACCCGCCGGCGCAGCGGAAACACAGACGACAGAUAUGUCAGCCAUUCAGCUGACGGGUUCAGACCGAUGGGAGGUGUUGACUCCUGUCUCAACUGGGAAAGAAGACCAGGGAAUCGUUCACAUUCCAAACUCUGGGAUUGUCACGUCCAACGGGCAGUACGUGCUUCCUAUUGGGAGUCUGCCCAGCCAGCCCAUUUAUGUUACAGCAUCUGGGAAUGAGGCCGCAGCCAACGGAGUGUCAGGCAUUCAGUAUCAGGUCAUCCCCCAAAUCCAAAAUGCAGAUGGGACACUUGCAGGAUUCACACAGGGAUUGGAUGAUGGCACCGGGCAGAUCCAGCUCCUCCAAGAUGGGACCCAGGGUAGCAUUGGAAUCAGCUGUGCCACGACAGCGACCACAGAUCUCCUGACGCAGGCGGGCCAAGUACAGUCAAUCCAAGGCGUCCCACUGGCUGGGGGGUCGGCAUACACCGGCACAGUGCCUGUAGGGCUGCCCAGCAACAUAACGUUCGUCCCUAUAAACAGUGUGGAUCUGGAGUCUCUAGGGCUGACCGGAGCGCAGACGGUCCCCAUCGCGACAGGGGUAACACCCGAAGGUCAGCUGAUCAUGGGCGGCCAGACGCUGGACAAUCAGGGUCAGGACACAGGCGUCAAGCAGCCGCUGGUGACGGUGAGCGGCGCCAACCAAGAACUCUACGUGCCAACCACCACUUCCUCCUCCAACAACUCCCAGCUUCCAGAAACCAUCGACGGCACCGGGGUUCUGACCCAAGCGACUGCUGUGUCUGCAGGCGUGUCUGACCCCUCUACAGAGAACUACAACUCCCACAACCACCUGCAGCAAAUCCAGGUCUCAUCUUCUAACGCCACCACUAUCUCGCAGCCCAUCCUGCAGCUGUCCGGGGACAGUCAGGCCCAGGUGGCCCAGGUGGCUCAGGGUCAGGACCUGACCGCAGCAGGUCAGACUCUUCAGAGCGUACAGCUGGUCAACCCGGGGACCUUCCUCAUCCAGGCCCAAACUGUCACCGCUACUGGACAGAUCCAGUGGCAGACCUUCCAGGUUCAGGGGGUCCAGUCACUCCAGGGGCUCCAGUUGCCCCAGGGGCAGGGGCAGGCCCAGCAGCUGACCUUAGCCCCGGUCCACACCCUCCCUCUGGGCCAGGCAGGCCAGGUCAGCCUGCCCAACCUCCAGACAGUCACGGUGAACUCUGUAGCACAAAGUGGAAUUCAGUACACACAGGGGGAGGAUGCAAACAGUCCGGCAGGUAUCCAGAUAAAGGAGGAGCCGGACUCUGAGGAGUGGCAGCUGAGCGGAGACUCCACGCUGAACCCCAGUGAUCUGAACAACCUGCGCGUCCCCAUCGGAGACGAGGACAUGGAGACGCAGGGCGGGGAGGGCAAGAGGCUCCGCAGAGUAGCCUGCACCUGCCCCAACUGCAAAGAGUCUGGAGGAAGAGGUUCAGGCAUGGGAAAGAAGAAGCAGCACAUCUGCCACAUCGCCGGCUGCGGGAAGGUUUACGGGAAGACGUCCCACCUCCGAGCUCACCUGCGCUGGCACAGCGGAGAGAGGCCCUUCGUCUGUAACUGGAUGUUCUGCGGGAAGAGGUUCACCAGGAGUGACGAGCUGCAGAGACACAGGAGGACACACACAGGAGAGAAGAAGUUCGUGUGCACAGAGUGCUCCAAGAGGUUCAUGCGGAGCGACCACCUGGCCAAGCACAUAAAGACUCACCAGAAUAAAAAAGGCGGCAUCCCCUCCUCCACGUCUCCGCCCACCACCGACGCUGUCAUCACCGCCGAUGGCACCACGCUCAUCCUCCAGACCGCCGCCCAUGACCUCGUAGCCAAUCAGGAGAUCCCUUUGCAGCUGGUCACCGUGGCGCCCGGUGAGGUUAUGGAAUGAGGGGCUGAGGUGGUGAUUUUUUUUUUUUUUAUUUUUUUAUUUUUUUUUUGGGAGAACUGGCCUAUCACAGGGACCUCUUGGGCUUCUCUCUGUCCCCCUCUUACCUUUUUUUGUUUGUUUGUUUUUUACAUAUGAAUAUAUACGUAAAUAUAUAUGACAAAUAUAUAUAUUUUAAGUAAGAGUUAUCAUGACUUUAUGUUUGUUUUUUGCAGUCUUUUUAUAGGCGGGCAAAAAAAAAAUAACAUUAAAAUGUGGUUGCUAUGUACACGCAUAAACACAUACACACAAUCACACACAUACACACACACACAGAAAGAUGCAUUAACACUCAACACGCGACAUGAAUACUCAACACGAUGAAAUGCCUUAUUUUGUAUCAUACUCUUGUAUAAAAUGCUGGAGGUGCAUGUGUUUUUUUAAGCUUUGCAGAUGAUGUAACUGUAAUGGAGAUACAUGUGUUUGUGAAAUGAUGAUGAUGAUGAUGAUGAUGAGGAGGAGGAAGGAGAGGAGUAUCUGAAAGAGAGAAAAGGAAGUAGUGAACCUCUCUUGGAUGAUUGAAUUUUUGUCUGUGGAGAGUUCUGACAGAACCGUGGUCUGUUUGAAGCAGCACUGCAUCCACGCCGAACUGUUGCUCUGCUGUCGCCAUAACGACCGCUUCUGUUUUUUUUAAAGGAAUAGUUCACCAUUUUGGGAAGCAUGCUCUUUUGCUUUCUCGUAGAGAGCAAGAUGGGAAAGUUGACACAAAUCAAUCUCAUCUAUCUCUGGGCAAGAAACCAAGCGUGUUCCCUCAACGAUGUCAAACUCUCCUUGAAUAAAGCCGCAGCAGCUGUCGCCCAAUCAGCGGCGACUGUGAUGUCAUGCUGUGCUGCUUCAAGCAGAGCAGGAGGUUCAGCCGGUGUCAGAGUAGGACGACAGUGCCACUGAUCCGAAGUUGUUUUCCGCCUGGAGGCAAGGGGGAAAUAGAUGCAAGCCGCUCUGAAAAAAGGGGGCAACUUCUUCCAGCAUCUGGUCAGUCUGAACAGAAUGUCUCAUCUGUCCUCACGAGCACGCCGUCCGCUGUGCUUGUCCACGUCAAAACACAUCUUUAUUUUUCUUUCCUUUUGCAUAUUUUUGUUGUAAAUUCAGUGUAUCUCAGUUUUAUCUGAAACUGUCUCCGCUGAUCUGUGUCGCCUAAAUGGAAGCCACAUGAUGGAGGUCAUAGAAGCAUAGAGUGGUUACCUCUAAGUUCCUGCAGGCCUCUCCUUCGCCAUCGUCGUCUGCACACGGCUGCAGGAGGAGAAUGCGCACCGGCGUUGCCAUGUGAAGAAAACAGAGAAACGGAUGCAACCAAUCAGAAAGCCCCCCCCCCCCCCCCGAGGGUGUGUUUGUCAUCGAACAUUCCAGUUGGAGACCAGAUGACGGUUACGUUUUGCAAUAACUGCUCUGUUGGUAAUUCUGGCCAGAUGUCACUCAAGUCAAAAGGAAAACAAUCAUGCCAUUGUUUGUUUUGUUUUGUUUUGUUUUUAAUUAAUGUAAUCCCUUCCUCAGUUUGUCCUCAUGUUUGUAGCAUUCAUUUACAUGUAUAUUAUCUUAUUUUCACAUUGUUCAUAGAAGCCAUUACUUAGUUAACUGAAUUUGUUGUAUCAAGACCUUAUUUUAAGUGAUUUUUUUAAAGAAUUGGUGUAAAAAUUGAAUGUUACCUUUUGUAAAACCUUUUUUCAAAUGGAUCACAAUAAAAGUAUGAAACCUUCCAGUAA